CGCGACUCCGAUACCACAUGAAUGGCAAACGCACGGAUAAGGCAGAGAGAAAUUGUACGAGUGCGUGCGUGCGAGCGAACGUGCGAGAUAGGGAACACUUUGAGAGAGAGCUGGGAGUGAGACGAGCUCGACGAAGAUAUAAUAAUGGCUGUUGGCUCGCUAGUUCGCGUGCCUCCGCUUACAACUUCCGGUAGAAGCGGUGAAGAUAGCCUCCUGCGUUUAUGGGCUUCGCCGUUGCGGAGGAGCUGCGUCGGCUUCCGGAAGAGGCAACCUAUGACGGUUGAGGCGAAGGGAAAGAGAGGCGGCAUGGCCGCACGCCAGUUCCAGCGUCCUCCUCCUCCCCCCCUCCCUAAGAUUGAGGACGACGGCAACCCAAAAUUCGUCAUCUUCAUCCGAACCGCCAAUGUCUAUCUGUGGUACCCGCUAAGCCUAAUAACUGGUGGAACUACAGCAAAAAUCAUGGUUGCUGCUAAAGAUAACUUUCUGGGAAAGUAUAUUUACAAAGAUACCAUAGCCAGAAACCUUGCUGCUGUUAUUUACAAAGAUGAGAAGGAAAUUCAGAAAACAGCAUUUAAGCAAUAUCGUGUUCUGAGAUCAGCUAAAGAAUUCCGAUAUGGCUACAAGCUUGUUGAAAAUAGCAACAUACGAUCAGCGCUUUCUACAUCUGAUGUUAUUGAGCUUCCGAAGCAAGAAGAGCUAAAAACGGUUGUUGACAAAGUGAAAGAUUUCAUUGGUGACACCACAAGUGGUGCAAAGGAAUCUUUCGGCAAGCUUGCUUCCUUGGGUUCUAUGACACCUGAGGAUCCAUAAUGAACUUUGAAAACAAAGAACUGAUUGCAGACAUUUUGGAUGUGAAUCUGAUAUUUGAACCAGAUUGAGUAAGCCUCGGAUAGUUGUUUGUGUAUACACAAAGCAGCACAGACAGAUUUUUUUUAUCUUGAGUACUCGUGAUUUUUUUAAAGCCUUUGUUGGAUUGGGUUUGUAAGUAUUUAGAAAUAUUUCGUGCAGUAGAAGUCGAAUUGAAUGCUGAACUUGAUCCAUUACAUUCAGUAUAAUGAAUCAACUAAGGUUUACCAUGAUUUUUCUGAAAAAAAACUGGGAGACCUUGACUGUAUUAUAUGAUGGCAUUAAAAAAAAAAAAAGAAAGGAAUUUUGCGCA